GGCUCGGUGAGGGCCCGGGGCGGGCGGCGGGCGGGAUCGCGGCGGGGACGGCGGCGGCGGGCCCCGUGGCGGAGCUGCGGCCCAUGCAGAGUGCUUGUGAACUUUAUCUUUUUUUGAACUUCACCUAUUUUUUCUGACUCUUGGAUGAUGGAUUAAUAAGAAUACUGAAUUUCUUCAGCAGAUUUCAAGUUGGUUGCUAUUGAAUUUUCACCCUAGUCCAGCAGCAUUGCUGCUCACUUAAAUACAGAUGAAUGAAGACCCCAUUCGGGAAGACUCCUGGCCAGCGGUCCAGAGCUGAUGCAGGCCAUGCAGGUGUGUCUGCAAGCAUGAUGAAGAAAAGGACGUCCCACAAAAAACAUCGGAGCAGUGUGGGGCCCAGCAAGCCUGUUUCCCAGCCCCGAAGGAACAUCGUAGGCUGCAGGAUUCAGCAUGGGUGGAAAGAGGGGAAUGGCCCUGUUACACAGUGGAAAGGAACCGUUCUGGACCAGGUGCCUGUAAAUCCUUCUUUGUACCUUAUAAAGUACGAUGGAUUUGACUGUGUUUAUGGACUAGAACUCAAUAAAGAUGAAAGAGUUUCUGCCCUUGAAGUACUUCCUGAUAGAGUUGCAACUUCUAGGAUCAGCGAUGCACACCUGGCAGACACAAUGAUUGGCAAAGCUGUGGAGCACAUGUUUGAGACUGAAGAUGGUUCUAAAGACGAGUGGAGGGGAAUGGUGUUAGCACGUGCACCAAUAAUGAACACAUGGUUUUAUAUAACCUAUGAGAAAGAUCCUGUCUUGUACAUGUACCAGCUUUUAGACGAUUAUAAAGAAGGCGAUCUUCGCAUAAUGCCUGACUCUAAUGAUUCACCUCCAGCAGAAAGGGAACCAGGCGAAGUUGUGGACAGCCUGGUAGGCAAACAAGUGGAAUAUGCCAAAGAAGACGGCUCUAAAAGGACUGGCAUGGUCAUCCAUCAAGUAGAAGCCAAACCGUCUGUCUACUUCAUCAAGUUUGAUGACGAUUUCCAUAUCUAUGUCUACGAUUUGGUGAAAACAUCCUAGAUGUCAUCAUGAACUUGGCCAAAUUUGUGGAACUAUUAAAUGUAUAAUUUGUAGACAUAAAGACUUGAUUGCUUUCCAGUUUAAUGAAAGCUUAAAUGUCCCUGCGAACCCACAAUCUCUGCAGCAGAACUGGUUUUGUUCUGAGUAGUACAGAUUUAUGUGAACACAGCAUUUUGUGUAAGGAACUCCUUCCUCUUAAAAGAAGUCUGUUUGUUAGGAGGGGAGUUACGGGCAAGUUUGGUAAAAGUUCAGCUAGUAUACGUUUAAAACUGAUCAAUCUUAUCCAUCUUCCCCUUCAUUCUUAAGAACUCUCAUAUUCUGCUGCCACAAUGCAAGCAUAGUUUGGUAUUUUUGUUACUGCCUUUUUGAGAUAUAUAUGUAUCUAUAUCUACCUAUUUAUCUAUAUAUCUGUGUGUUUACAUAUAUGAUGUAUUAAUACGCACACAGAUCUGUACGCACACACAAAAAUCAUUUGGCAGUCUUUUGUGGAUUGGGACAAGGGUUAAAUAAUCUCCAGUUUAACAGGAGUGCUUGACCCAAGUCAGUCAAAAUUUACUAUAUUACUGCUAUUUAUUUAAAAUGAAUUUGGGCAUAUAAAGAUGUUUAGCUUGUUUUGAAAGUCAGGUUCAGAGCACCUUUUCAAUCUGGAGGCUUUAAAUCAG